UUUCAAAAUGGCCGACUUAGAUGGUUUUGAGAAUGAACCUUCCACAAAUGCCGACUCUGGAGUCGAGGAAGAUCCAGCUGCUGCCUUUUUGGCACGGGAACAGGACCAGUUAGCUGGUAUAGAAGACGACGACGAUUUUGGCUUGGGUUCGUCCGAACCAACGGCAGAAGUUGACGGCGAAGCUGCCCCACAAGAAGAUUUUGAUUUCCUUGAUGACCAAAAUGCUGUACAAAAUGAGAUUCCACAAUCGAAUGGUCCUACUGAUAAUUAUUCUGCAGUCUCCUCAAUGGACCAGGUUAGACAAGAGCCUGAGAAAAUCAAGAGAUGGAGAGAAGAACAAAAAGAAUUAUUAGAAGAAAAAGAUGCUGAAUCAGAAAAGAAAGGUGAGGAAUGGAGGGAAGCAGCCAAAAAAGAAUUAGAAGAUUGGUAUCGAAAUAGAGAUGAACAGUUGCAGAAAGCGGCAGCCACAAAUAGGGCAACACAAGAAGCAUUUAUUGAAGAGCGUGAUGAAGACAUACCUGGUCUUGAAUGGGAGCGUGUUGCACGGGUCUGUGAUUUCAACCCUAAAAAUAGCAGAAACACAAAAGAUAUCUCAAGAAUGAGGUCCAUUCUACUGCAUUUGAAACAAUCAGGUGUUAGGCCAGAGGAAGAAAAAUAAAUUCUUGAUUCCAAAAUCAUGGCAUUAAACUUAACUGCCAUCCUGUAGUUGACAUUAACUGAUUAUAAAAUAUAGUAGUUUUAGUAAAAAUAAAAAAAAAAUAUUAUUGAAAAUAUGUAAUGAAUCUAUUUAAAUAUUCAAAUUAAGGAAUUGUCAAUUGGUGGAAUUUUGUUUAUAUGUGGUUAGUUUGUGAGAAAUGUUUGGUGAAAGACUUCAUAGAAGCUAAAACUUGUUUUCAAUUUGUGAUUUAAUAUAUAUAUAUAUACAUACAUGGAAGCAAAUUAAAAUAAUUUUAUGUUAUGCAUCCCGGGUUUGGCUACUGUAGUAACCAACUCUCUAUUUGAGUCGUAAUCAGCUAUUUCCACUGUAGUAGCGUCGUCAUAUCAAGUUAACCCCAAUUAGACAUGUUGGUGUUCUAUCUCGAAUACAGAAGAUUUAUGUUCAAUGUGUUUUCUCACGAGGACUCGCCAUGCACAGAUAGCAACCCCAUCCCAGCCACUUUGCAUGCGGUAGUUUUAGUUGAGUUAGACAUAGAAUUUUUUUUUAGUUGACUCAGAGUACUAAAAGUUGUAGAGUAUUUUUACUGGAAUUCUUCCUGAAUAAAUUGGUCUUGAGUUGUUUUUCGUUCGUAGAACAUGCACCAAUUCUCUUCUCACUUGAUUUUAUUUGUACAGUAAAACUUGUUGGAAUAUUAUUCAAUUUAUGUACAUUCUCUCAGAUGGUAUACCCAAAGACUUUGCCAUCUUGUAUUCACUGAAGUAUCACUUUUCCUGAACUUCAAACUUCGGGCAUAUUAUCGAGAUAAUUGAGUACAACUUUAAAAUUAGAGCCGAUUGAUUGCUUAUACAUGCAUCAGUAGAUUAGGCAACAUGGCAGCCUCAUUGGACUGGAUCUCUAGAAAAUAAGAGCUUAUCACAAAAAGUUUUCUUUUAUCGUGUUCCAAUUUCCUUCUGGAAUAGUUUUUGUAUUCAAUGCCUAAUUGAUAUUCAUGAAGAAAUUAGUGAACCUGUCUAUAAUGGCCACCUGUCUAGAAAGGCCAAAAUCUCAUAGUCCCUGGAUGGGCCACUUUAGACAGGUUUGACUGUACAUGUAUUUGUAACACAUGUGCUUACACAAAUUAUGAAGGUGUUACUAUGGCCAAAAAGAUAACACAUAAACAACAAAAUCGCAUGUAUUAAAAUUGAAAUAAUGGGUUAGUUUUGGCCUAUAUACAUGUAUAACAUUUGGUGACAAAUUUUGCUUGUUCUACAUCUGUAUAUCUAUCAUAUGUAUGUUAUCAACAGACUCAAUUCCCCACUCUGUGCAGGAGACUACCUCUUGCUUUAAUAUUUUCUGUUAAAAAUAUACUUUUAAUUUCACAGACUGAAUUGGAUGAGACACCAGAACAUUGUAAGUCAGGUUGAGGUUGUUAUGCCCCCUGUGUUGAUGUUAGGAUAGUUGAUUUAGAUGGCGAAUAAGACUUGAUCACAUCGUGAAAGUGCAUCUUACAAUCAAAAAUGUCCUAUUUUGCCAAAAAUACUAAAGGUGUUAUAUUUUUAUUUUUUACAUUUUAAGGUUAGAAAAAUAAAAUUUGACGAAACUAAAGUUUGCAUGUGGUAGGCAAGAUGUUUGAUUACCCAGAAUUACAGAAAUCACAAUUUGCACACAAAUUAACUAAUCUAAGCAAAAUGAACGAGUAGCUCAACCAGAUCGAUUUACAAGAUUGUUCCUAAUUGGUGGACCAUCCCUAACAGUCAGGCCAAUCAGAAAGCAGCUUGUUUAUUGACAGGUUUAUUUUGACGUAUAAAAUUCUACCUUGUAUAUUUGCCUCGACUCGACCGACAAUCUCAACAACUAUAUAUGUAUACACAUUUGGGAUCUUUGUGUGUUUAUUUACUGUUUGCAAUUCAUGAAAUGGCAUCUAGCAAUAAAAAGUACAUGUGUAA